GCCUGCGGCUGCCAAAAGCAUUUUGAGGAGAAGAAAGAAACCCCGUAUAUCGUGCGUGUUGUGUUUGCGGAAAACCUCGCUUUGAACAAUGGCCGUGAUUGCUGCUGAUCUCAAGCUCUUGCUGGCCUGCCGUGGUUCCUUCGGACAGAUUAGAAAUAUUCACCUCGCAGCCGCCAACAAUGCUGCAGCCAAGAAGGUUAAAAAGUUCCAAAUUUAUCGCUGGAAUCCGGAUCAACCUGAACAGAAACCGUACAACCAGACAUAUGAAGUUGAUCUAAGCGCCUGCGGACCUAUGGUGCUGGAUGCGUUGAUUAAGAUCAAGAACGAAAUGGACCCAACGCUGACAUUCCGACGAUCUUGCCGCGAAGGAAUAUGCGGCUCUUGCGCUAUGAACAUCGGCGGUACCAACACGCUCGCUUGCAUCAGCAAGAUUGAUGGGGAUAAUCUGGACAAACCGACGAAAAUCUACCCUCUACCGCAUAUGUACGUGGUAAAGGAUCUCGUGCCGGAUAUGAACAACUUCUACAACCAAUACCGUUCCAUUCAGCCUUGGUUGCAGCGCAAGAAUGAAAGCGGUGAAAAGAAGGGCGAUGCUCAGUACCUCCAGUCGGUGGACGAUCGAGCUAAACUCGACGGUCUGUACGAGUGCAUUCUGUGCGCGUGCUGUUCUACGUCCUGCCCGUCGUACUGGUGGAAUGGUGAUAAGUACCUCGGACCGGCGGUGUUGAUGCAGGCUUACCGUUGGAUCAUUGAUUCGCGUGACGAAAGCACUGCCGCCCGUUUGGACAAACUUAAGGAUCCGUUCAGCGUGUACCGGUGUCACACGAUCAUGAACUGCACUCGCACGUGUCCAAAAGGCUUGAAUCCGGGUAAGGCGAUCGCGGAAAUUAAAAAACUGCUGUCUGGUAUCGCGAAAAAGGACACACCCGGCCUCGAGACGGCUGCUCUACACAGUAAGUAGAGACGACUUGGCAUUGGGUUGCACAACAGUGCCACUGCGUCUAGCUGCACAGUCCCAGACCAAAAAUGGUUUAUGGGUUGAUUCGGCACGUAUCUGAAGAACGUAUAGGAAUGUAUUUCGAUACCAAAAACAAGCGAUAAGUAUCUUCAUCGAAAAGAAAACGAAAUCAACUUUAAUCGAUAUUCACUGGCAGCAAAAGCAACAGUGCGUGUACAACACUAUGGCUAAAGCAAAAACCCUAAGGUGCAAACCCCAAACCAAAAAUGUUCUGCCUGUCGAAACAGUUCAAUUUAGUCUAGUUUGCAAUUUUGAAUUAAUCAAUUUGGCUUUCGUUCUGCAAAUGCAGCAAUUGCGACGCUUUACGAGUUUCGGGUACCAACACGAAGCAUCCGACGCGAAAAAAAUCAACGCAGCAUAAUGUACAUGAAUAUUAUUUAUUUUCGUUCCGUAGCUAUUGGACUUGUAACUAUGAGGGAUUAAUAAAUAGCGAACCCUUCCAAACUGGCAGAUUUGUACAUUAAGCCACACU